UUCACAGAUAUGGCGCCUUCUAAUUUCUUCAUAGUCCCUUUUCUUGUCCUUCUCUACUCUUUCCUUUCUCUUAAUUCAGCCACCGCAUUCACAGGUACCUACGGAGUCAACUACGGCAGACUAGCCGACAACAUACCAAAACCAGGAAACGUAGUUUUACUCCUGAAAGCCAACAAAAUCAAAAACACCCGAAUCUACGACGCCGAUCACGACGUCCUCACAGCCUUCAACGGUUCAGGAAUCGAAAUAAUCGUCGGCCUCGGAAACCAAUUCUUAAAAGACAUUGCCUCAAGCGAAGAACGAGCCAUGGAUUGGGUCAAAGAAAAUGUCCAACCUUUCCUCCCCGGCACUUCCAUAACCGGAAUCGCCAUCGGAAACGAAGUCCUAGGUAGCACCGGCGAUCCCGAUCUCUGGGAAGCCGUUCUCCCUGCUUCCCGUAACGUAUACACAGCUUUAGACAGACUCAGCCUAACAAAAACCAUCGAGGUCUCGAGCCCACAUUCAGAAGCCGUGUUCCAAAACUCAUACCCACCGUCUCUCUGUUCAUUCAGAGAUAACGUACUCCCAGUAAUGAAACCACUUCUCGAAUUCUUCUCGAAAAUCGGGUCUCCGUUCUACAUAAACGCGUACCCUUUUCUCGCGUACAUGAGUAACCCAGUUGACAUCAACAUAAACUACGCACUUUUCAAAUCAAACCCAGGAAUCUACGACGACAAAACUAAGCUUCAUUAUGAUAACAUGUUUGAAGCUCAGGUGGAUGCUGCAUACGCGGCCCUGGAGAAAGCGGGUUUUGGGAAAACAGAGGUGAUUGUUUCGGAAACAGGGUGGGCUUCUAAAGGUGAUGCGAAUGAAGCUGGGGCGAAUGAGGAGAAUGCUAGGACUUAUAAUAAAAAUCUACGAAAGAGAUUGUUGAAGAAGAAGGGUACUCCUUAUAGGCCGAAGAGAACUGUGAAGGGAUAUGUUUUUGCAUUGUUUAAUGAGAAUCUGAAACCGGGUCCUACUUCUGAGAGGAAUUUCGGAUUGUUUAAGGCUGAUGGAAGUACUGCUUAUGAUAUUGGGUUUAGGGGUCUUGUACCCUCUUCGGGUUCAUCAUUUAAGAUUAAGAAUUUCAGGUUUGGCAGUUGGACAAACAUGGCGGCAUGGGCUAUGGCCACUCUGUUUCUCAUUCAUUUCAGUUAGAAUCAAUAAUACAUUGUAAUUUUUAUUUGUUCAUUUUAAAUAAACCUCUCAAAGUCAUUCAUGAAUCAUGAAGAGAAAAUCCUCUAAUUUGUCUUCUUCUUUUUUUCAUACAAAAUGUUAAAAUAUGAGUCCCGAAACAUUAAUUAUUGUC